CUCACAGUUCAUGCAGUCUGCUGAACAUUCUCACUCUAAAUUCUACUGUUGCGUUUUAUGGGUGUAUAAUUUUACAUCCAUACACUUUAUUGCCUUUGUAGUACUUUGUACACCCUGUACUCCCUGUACCCUAGUUGAUGCUCUAAAUAAGAGUUCUUUGAGUGAUACAUCAAAGCGACUACUCGUCCACUCGAAGUUUUACUCACAGUAUCUUCCAUUCUCUAUAAGUUUUAUAUUUUUUUUCUUACCCAUGUAAAUUAACUAAAUCAAGUGUUUUCGUCGAGCUUACAUCAAAAGUAAGUAGGUACCUAAACCGAAGUUCCAACACUCCAAAGUGUGCAGUGAUGAUGAUGAUAAGGGACUGCAGCAUUGUUGCUGCUGCUAAAAUGCCUUUCGUCUCGUCAGCUGAUUAAGGCGUGUUUCUCUCACACUCGAAUACUUAACAACUAGUGUUACUUGGACAGUCAUUAUUGGCUUUAAUAAUACAAUCAAUUGACAAAUAAGUUUCGUGCUCUAUUCUCUCACGCGUUGUUACACUUCAUGUUUUCAUCUCUGUCAUCGACUCUUGUACUGCAAAAAGUGCGCUCUUUUAGGAAGUGCAUAGAACUAGGGGGCUGUUUAAACACCUCCAUUAAGUACACUUACAUCAGGCCCUAUUGCUUGUGAAAAAGCCAUGUGUUACUGUGUCACUGUUGUAAGUACUUCUAUGAUUGUUUGCUUGGAGGCUUGUGAAUCCUAAGAAUGAGCAGCGUUGAAAGCUUGCUGGGAGGAGGUGCACCUGUUGAGGAUCGAUUCUGUUAAUUGUGCAGUGGUCCACAGCAACUGUGAUGCUGCUUGGAAUAUUUUAUGCAUCUCCCUGCUCUUCUAUGCAUCUCCCUUUUUCUCCUUUCCUUGCCAAGAAGUUUCAACUGUGCAGUACAAUAGCAACAUGUUCUCGUCAUCGACCUCAUUGGUGGGUGAGCCACAGGACUACGAUUUUACAAAAGAGGAAAAUGCAGCCAAAUGGAGGGGAGUCUUUGUCAACUCCCUCAACAAGGUUCUAGAGCAGGUUCAUCCUAGCCUCGAAGCACGCCAAGAUGCUUUGGAUUUUGUUGAAAAUUUAAUUCUGAGAAUGCUUGGUAUGUUAUGUGGGCAUCCACCUCCUCAUACACCUCAAGACAUAGAAGAAAGAGUACGCCGUACUUUUCCUACACCCAUUGAUAAAUGGGCUCUUAGGGAUGCAAAGGAAGCAUUAGAAAAAGGAAAAAAGAAAUCUGUUCUAGUUUUACCAGUGGAAAAAGUGCAUCAACUAUUACAAAAAGAAGUCUUACAACAUAAAAUAGACUGGCAAGUUACUCUAUUUGUUGUUGGAGUUUUAGAAUACAUAUCGGCAGAUAUUUUAAAACUCGCUGGUAAUUAUGUAAAAAUUAUCCAUAAUGUAGAAAUAUGUUAUGAAGACAUUAAAGUUGCUAUGCACGCCGACAGUGUCUUAAUGGACAUGUUUUAUCAAGACGACUUUAAUGAUGGCCAAAGUGAGGAAAGUGAGGAAGGAGCCAUAGUAUCUCAAACCUAUGAAGAGUCGGUGCGAGAUCUCAUUCAAGAUGAGCGCCAGUACCUGCGAGAUUUGCAGAUGAUAAUAAAAGUCUUCCGAGAAGAAAUUGCAAAGCUCACCCAGGAUAGCGCUGAACUUGAGAUGUUGUUUAGUAACAUCACCGAUCUCUACGAAUUGACAGUAAAUUUACUAGGCAGUCUUGAAGAUGUUAUGGAAAUCACUGAAGAGAAGCAAACGCCAACUGUUGGCUCUUGCUUUGAAGAAUUAGCCGAGGCAGCGGAAUUCGACGCAUAUGCAAAGUAUGUCCAGGAUAUCUCCAGUCCCAAGUGCCGCGAGGUCUUGACGAAGAUUUUGUCAAGACCAGAAGCCAAUGCGGCAUUGAGAGCUGCUGGUCAUGGCUUCAAAGAAGCUGUGAAAUAUUAUUUGCCAAAACUGUUGAUGCAGCCAGUGUGGCAUUGCUUUUUAUAUUUUGAUUACAUCAAGGUGUUGCACAAACGCUCGCGAAUUAAGGAAGACACAGAAACGUUGUUUCAGGUGCAAAGUUUAUUGAACUCGUUACAAUUUGAUUUAGAAAAAAUGGAAGUGGGUAAAAUUAAGAGAGAUAGUAGCGUGCGUAUGCAAAGUCGAGCCCGCAGACGAGCAGCUCUCGAGAAAACAAAUGAAAUGAAACGAACAGUUGAAGGUUGGGAUCAGAAAGACAUUGGUCAGUGUUGCAAUGAAUUUAUUAGAGAGGACACUUUGGUGAAAGUUGGUGGUAAAAAUCGUAGAUUGACAGAUAGAAAAGCUUUUUUAUUUGAUGGCUUACUAGUAUUGUGUAAGCCAUGCAAUAGUAAAAAAAUUGGUGUGGGUGUUUCUGCAGUUGCAGUUACACAUCAUCAAAAUGACUACAGGCUAAAAGAAAAAUUUUUCAUCCGAAAAAUAGAUAUAAUAGACAGAGAGGAUACAGAUGAACUAAAAAACGCCUUUGAAAUAGCAACUAGAGAUAACACAAAUGUCAUACUAGUGGCAAAGUCUCCAGAAGAUAAGAAUAGCUGGAUGGCCGAUCUCGUAAUGUUUAAUACGAAAAGUAUGUUGGAACGCACAUUAGAUAGCAUUCUUUUGGACGAAGAAAGGAAGCAUCCGUUGAAAUUACCUCCUCCAAGUAUGUAUAGAUUCGCCGAACCAGACAGCCCAAGUAAUAUUAUUGUGGAAGCAAGAGAAAAGGGUGGUCCACCUUUUAUCAAGGCAGCGACCCUUGUAAAAUUAGUGGAAAGAUUAACUUACCAUAUUUACGCGGAUCCUGCGUUUGUUCGAACAUUUUUGACGACAUACAGGAAUUUUUGUUCGCCCCGAGAAUUAUUGACGCUAUUGACAGAAAGAUUCGACAUUCCGGACCCGGCUAAAGUUUACGACGUAGAUUUGAAUAGUGGUAAAGCGAUUCCAAAAGAGGACUUUAAACGCUAUCGGAAGGAAUUUUGCCAGCCUGUUCAGUUUAGAGUACUGAACGUUUUGAGACAUUGGGUGGACCAUCAUUAUUACGAUUUUCAAAAAGAUGCGACACUUUUGGCUGAGUUGGAAAUAUUUUUGGCUAUGGUCAGUGACAAUUGUAAAUCUAUGAAAAAAUGGGUGGAUUCGGUUAAAAAAAUCGUGCAAAGAAAACAAAAAAACAAAUCGGAGCAAGAAAACAUUACCUUUAGUUUUGAGCGGUCACCACCGCCUAUCGAGCGGCAUUUAGAUAAUCCUUCCAAUACUACUACGAAUACUCCUACCACAGCUAAUACAACUAGUACUACAUCUUAUGCUAAUCAAUUGGAAUCGGCAGGACCUCUUUUAACGUGCCAUCCUAUUGAAUUAGCAAGGCAAUUGACUCUGUACGAAUUCGAAUUGUACAGAAAAGUUAAGCCUUCGGAGUUAGUAGGAUCAGCUUGGACCAAAAAAGAUAAGGAAACGACAUCGCCUAAUCUUUUGAAAAUGAUUAAACAUACGACCAACUUUACGAGAUGGCUGGAGAAGAACAUUUUAGAAACUGAAAACUUUGAAGAGAGAGUAGCCAUAGUUUCUCGUGUCAUUGAAAUAUUAAUGGUUUUACAAGAAUUGAAUAAUUUCAAUGGAGUCCUAUCUAUAUGCAGUGCCAUUUUUUCUGCAGCGGUAUUUCGGUUAAAUCACACGCUUACACAUUUGCAUCCACGUUUGGAGAAAGCUUUAAAUGAUGCUGCGGAACUUCAUGCUAAUCACUAUAAAAAUUAUCAAGAAAAAUUGCGCUCCAUAAAUCCACCGUGUGUGCCCUUUUUCGGGAUGUACCUGACCCUCAUUUUGCAUAUGGAAGAAGGUAACGAAGAUUUUCGGGAUAAAGAGUGUACUCUAAUAAACUUUAACAAGAGGCGAUUAGUAGCCGAAAUAAUUGGAGAAAUACAACAAUAUCAGAAUCAACCAUACUGUUUGAGUGUGGAGCCCAAUAUACGAAAAUUCAUCGAAGAACUCCAACCAUUCGAUCGCGAUAUGUCUGAUUCAGAAAUAAAUGAUUACAUCUAUGAAAAAAGUAUAAAAAUUGAGCCCAGAUGCAGCAAAGCGCCCAUAAAAGUGCCUCGAAAAUGGCCGAACGUGUCUUUGAAAACUCCGGGCAUAAAAGCGCGAACUUUGAGCGGCAAACUACCAGCACCUCUUCAAGCUGUAGCGUCCAGCGUCAGAUUGCACGAUCCGCCAUCGACGUCAGCGACGACGGCUCAAGAAAUUCUGGCUUCCUCGGAACUACGAGAAUCUUCACCCCAGAGGUCUUCGUUUUCCAUGGGUCAAAGCGACCACAGCAACUUUAUACAAGCACUUCUUGGAGGUACAACAGCUCGUUCUCCAGGCUCACCAGGCGUGGCUCACAGUAUAUCGAACUUGUCGAUCGGAUCGCCGGGUAACAGUCCCCAGCUCGGCUCGCCUGGCCAUCUCAGCCACCAGCACCAAGCUUCCAUCGGCGGGAGCUCGAUAGACUUUAGCUUUUACCCGCACAUUUUCGGCAUAAUGAGCGGGAGCACGUUGCCAAGCUCGAUGUCGAGUAGUCCUGGUGCAACGCAUCCACACCCGUCCUCGCCCAGUCCCCAUUUUGUCCCCGACCAGAUCAGCCAGCCACCACCGUUGCCACCUAGAAGACAACCGCGAGAAAACAGCCUUGUCGAGUCACCUCAACAGUGUUUCGAUGUCCCUGGAUCGUUAUUUCGUUUGCUGCAGACAAACGAAAAGUCUCACGAGUCUCCGCCAGCGGUGCCCCCGCGGGAUCAUCCAAAUUCGCCUCCUCCGCUGCCACCGAGGCAAAGCCUCUCCUCGGCGACUUUACCGCCACGACUCCCGGAUACGUUCAAUCCCAACGAGUCGGUACUCAUGGCCAGGCGAAACUCAAGCUUGGGCAGUUCCAGUUUAAUAAAUCCAGGCCACACCAGGAGGUACAUGUCGAUCAACGGACCCAGUCCACCGAUACCGACGCCAAAUCAAUCGCCCAACGGAUCGAUAACACCGAGAUUACCACCAAAGCCGGGCAGAUCAUCCGUAACAAUGUUCAAUUUUAAUUCUCCCCAAGGGUCUAGCUAAUACAAACAUUCAUUGACAUGUAUGCGAUGGUAGAAAAAACAAAAACUUGAAAGAUAUCAAUUCCUAGUCUAAGAACAUAACAGUGCCGCGAAUGAUUGUGUUCCUGACGUAAGCGGAUAUAUGUACGUAUGCAUGUGAAAUCCCAUUUUAUUGUACACGCAUUGCAUGAUUUGUCAAAUAGAUUAACAUGUGUAUGUGUCGGUGUGCAAUAGUGUGAGUGUGAUAUUGUAAGAUACUGUUGCAGCGGAAAAUUAACAAAAAUCUCUGCCCUGGACCGCAGCGAGGAGGUGGUUCUGCUACAUUCCAUAUACUCAUACAAUUAAUUUAUGCAAGUCUUGGACGCUCGUAGUAAACUUUUCGUAGUACUUUUUGUCUAUUUUUCUAUUUUUCAAGCGGUUAGAAGCCAUUGAAACGUGUACAUACAUUUUUUUUUUUUUUUUUUUUU